AUGUCUUGUUUGUUCCCGCCCCGUCCUCCUCCACUUCCGCCUGCUGCUGCUGCUGCUGCUGCUGGCGGUGGCAGCGGUGCAACAGUCUCAGCAUCGGCAUUGCAGCCCACGCAGGUAGACUCGUCCCUCAAGAACCCCGGCUUGCCAGCUGGCGGCCUCGUUUUCACCUUUCCCACACCAGCAGCAGGGACGUACACACUUUCAGUCAAAGUGGGGCCCACACACGUCAUGGGCAGCCCUGCUGACGUGGUAGUGCUGCCACCCGCCCCGUCAGCCAGUGUGCAGGCGUCCUUCGACCGCUCCCAGCGCGCGCUCGCUGUCGCCUUCUCUCCUGCGCCCACCCUCUCCUCCCCCUCCCCUGCCAAUGCUGGAGCACCGCCAGCAGAAUCUGGGGCAGCAGGAGGGGCUGGAGGAGUGGGGGGGGUGGGCGGAGGAGGAGGCGUGGGGCAGCAGGACUGUGCGGAGCUGCUGGAUGGGGAGAGCCUGGCGCGGGAAGCGGUGCAGGCGGGGGCAGUGGUGGUGGCGGCACUGGACGCGCCGGGCACGGUGGGCAUCUGCGACGCGCUCGUGCUGGACGCGUCGGGGUCGCGGUCGCUGUACGGAGCGCCGCUGGCCUUCUCCUGGCGCGUGUUCUCCGACGCUGAAUCGCUCUCUCUGAACCUCCUCGUGUCGUCGCAGGGCAGUGAUGCCAGCACGCUUACUAUUCCCCCCAAGACGCUCACGCCUGGGGCGACGUAUGAGUUCGCGGUCUUUGUAACGGACCCCAACGGCAGGGCAGCCAACGCAUCACUGCUCCCGGGCGCAACCUACGUCCUCUCCCUAGAGGCCACGUCAGCAGCAGACCCUUCUGUGAAAGCAACGGACCGCGUGGCAGUGAGGGUGAGCGCGUCGCCUCUGCGAGUGGCCAUAUCGGGCGGCGACAGGGUGGUGUCGGUGGGGGAGCAGCUGCUACUGCAGGCGGUGGUGGUAGAUGCAGACGAGGCAAGGGACAGCCAGGGGAAGGCGCUGCCCAUUCAGUACACGUGGGGCUGUGAGGCGCUCUCAGAGGAGCAGGCUCGCCUCCCUCCCACGGCUCAAGCUCAAGCCGUGUCCGCACCUACCAGCAGCAGCAGCAGCAGCAGCAGCAGCAGUGCGGGCGGUAGUGCAGGUGGCAGUGCGGGCGGUAGUGCAGGUGGCAGUGCGGGUGCGUCGGCCUGUUUCCCCAGUGCCACGGCAGUGCUCGCCCAGAGCACCUCCUCUCUCACCGUCCCUGCCAACGCCCUCCCCCCUGGCUCCUACCGCUUCUCCCUCCUCGUCUCCCGCAACCCCCUCUCCCUCCCCGGCACCUCCCCCGCUGCGCUGGCCCGUGAGAGCGUGCCAGCUGUCGCCGUGGUAACCGCUUUGGACCGCGUGGUGCCGCCCGCUGCGGUUGGCGUGGCGGCGGCUUGGGGGCGGGCGGCAGGGGCGAUGGCAGAGUGGGCUCCGGGGGUGCAGCAGGGCAGCACUGGUGGUGAUGGCAGCACUGGUGGUGAUGGCAGCACUGGUGGUGAUGGCAGCACUGGUGGUGAUGGCAGCACUGGUGGUGAUGGCAGCACUGGUGGUGAUGGCAGCACUGGUGGUGAUGGCAGCACUGGUGGUGAUGGCAGCACUGGUGGUGAUGGCAGCACUGGUGGUGAUGGCAGCACUGGUGGUGAUGGCAGCACUGGUGGUGAUGGCAGCACUGGUGGUGAUGGCAGCACUGGUGGUGAUGGCAGCACUGGUGGUGAUGGCAGCACUGGUGGUGAUGGCAGCACUGGUGGUGAUGGCAGCACUGGUGGUGAUGGCAGCACUGGUGGUGAUGGCAGCACUGGUGGUGAUGGCAGCACUGGUGGUGAUGGCAGCACUGGUGGUGAUGGCAGCACUGGUGGUGAUGGCAGCACUGGUGGUGAUGGCAGCACUGGUGGUGAUGGCAGCACUGGUGGUGAUGGCAGCACUGGUGGUGAUGGCAGCACUGGUGGUGAUGGCAGCACUGGUGGUGAUGGCAGCACUGGUGGUGAUGGCAGCACUGGUGGUGAUGGCAGCACUGGUGGUGAUGGCAGCACUGGUGGUGAUGGCAGCACUGGUGGUGAUGGCAGCACUGGUGGUGAUGGCAGCACUGGUGGUGAUGGCAGCACUGGUGGUGAUGGCAGCACUGGUGGUGAUGGCAGCACUGGUGGUGAUGGCAGCACUGGUGGUGAUGGCAGCACUGGUGGUGAUGGCAGCACUGGUGGUGAUGGCAGCACUGGUGGUGAUGGCAGCACUGGUGGUGAUGGCAGCACUGGUGGUGAUGGCAGCACUGGUGGUGAUGGCAGCACUGGUGGUGAUGGCAGCACUGGUGGUGAUGGCAGCACUGGUGGUGAUGGCAGCACUGGUGGUGAUGGCAGCACUGGUGGUGAUGGCAGCACUGGUGGUGAUGGCAGCACUGGUGGUGAUGGCAGCACUGGUGGUGAUGGCAGCACUGGUGGUGAUGGCAGCACUGGUGGUGAUGGCAGCACUGGUGGUGAUGGCAGCACUGGUGGUGAUGGCAGCACUGGUGGUGAUGGCAGCACUGGUGGUGAUGGCAGCACUGGUGGUGAUGGCAGCACUGGUGGUGAUGGCAGCACUGGUGGUGAUGGCAGCACUGGUGGUGAUGGCAGCACUGGUGGUGAUGGCAGCACUGGUGGUGAUGGCAGCACUGGUGGUGAUGGCAGCACUGGUGGUGAUGGCAGCACUGGUGGUGAUGGCAGCACUGGUGGUGAUGGCAGCACUGGUGGUGAUGGCAGCACUGGUGGUGAUGGCAGCACUGGUGGUGAUGGCAGCACUGGUGGUGAUGGCAGCACUGGUGGUGAUGGCAGCACUGGUGGUGAUGGCAGCACUGGUGGUGAUGGCAGCACUGGUGGUGAUGGCAGCACUGGUGGUGAUGGCAGCACUGGUGGUGAUGGCAGCACUGGUGGUGAUGGCAGCACUGGUGGUGAUGGCAGCACUGGUGGUGAUGGCAGCACUGGUGGUGAUGGCAGCACUGGUGGUGAUGGCAGUACAGGUAGUGCUGACAGCACCGGUGGCUCUGGAGCAGCAGCAGCAGCAGCAGCAGCAGCAGUAGCAGAGAGGAGCAGCAGGGGGGUGCAGGCGGGGAUAGCAAUAGACAGGUCAAAGGCAGUGGAGCUGCAGUGUGCGGUGGACGCCAUGCCCUAUGCCUACGCGUGGAAGCAGGUCCUCUCCGAUGGUACUCUCCUCGACCUCAAUGUGACGAACCAGCCGCUGGUGCUUCCUCCUUCACAGCUCGCCCGGGGCGACGCCUCCACCUACCGCUGCGACGUCUACUCCCUCCCAUUCCCUUCCCCCUCCUCCCCCGCCUCCCUCGCCUCCUCCCUCACGCCUGAUGGUCAGCCCGCCACAGCCAUCCCCGCCAACCCCCCACAGCCCACAACCUCCGCCUCGCUCACUCUCCCCGCCGCCAAGGCCCCCUGGGGGGGGACAUUCCUCGUGCAGCCCGCCCCUGGGGAUACCACCGGGCAGCUCUUUGCUCUCUCCGCGCCUGGCUGGUCCGCACAGCCCCACGACCUGCCGCUCUCCUUCACCUUCGGCACCCUGCAGCCUGCCUCCUCCCCUUCCUCCUCCCCCGCCUCUCCCUCCGCUGCAGCCCUGCAGCCACUCACACUGCCCUCCGCGUCACCCUCAGCCCUGGUCAUCCUCCCCCCCGGCAAGCCCUCUCUGGCAGUGCAGGUGGCCUCUGCGGCCGGCGCUGUCACGGAAGCCGUGUCCCCCCAACCCGUCACCGUGCCUUCCUCGGGCGCUGGUGAGGGGGCAGGAGGCGGGAGUGGAGGCGAGGGCGGGGCGGAGCUGUCAACGGAGCAGUGGCUGGCGGCUGUGGCGGCGCCUGCAGCAGCAAGGCAGGAUGGCGCGCAGCUGCUGCAGGCUGUGGCUGCAUGGGCCGCCAUGUUCAGAGGCAAUGCGUCUUCCUCUGCUAGCAGCAGCAGGGGCACGGACGCACAAGUGGAGAUGCUAAUAAAGGAGGUGAUUCAACAGAGCAGCACAACAGUGGUGACAUCGCAAUACGCUGAGCUGGCAGCAUGCAGCCUGGCAGAGCUCUCCCCUCUCCCCGCCAGUCUCUCACCAUCCACAUCAGCAGCGCUCGUUGACUUUCUUGACUCGCUCACAGCUGCACCGGACGGCAUCUCCUCUCGCACUGGUCAUUGCAUAGUUACGCUCACGUCUGACCUCCUCGCACUCUCCCCCCCACCCGUAGCCUCUACCUCCUCUGCUGCUCCUGCCACCUCCGCUGCCGCUCCUGCCACCCCGAAUGCCUCUCCCACACCAGCCGCUGCCGCCGCCCCUCAACCCGCUUCCCCCUCUCAACGCGCCAUCGCCCUUCAAGUCACCGCCUCUCAGCCCGCCUCUCCCUCUCAAACUGCCUCUGCACCGCAAGCACCAGCCUCAACAACACUGUUCCAGCUGCCAGGCAGGGUGGCAGCGGCAGUGCUGUCCCACCAGACGCCAGGCGCAGUCUUCCAAGCCUCCUCCGCCAAUGUCAACCUCUCCGCCGCUAAAGUGCGCCGCAUGGCAUCGCCAUCACAGCAGGGCGAGUUCGCAGCGCUGCUGCCAGCUGCCUCGCUGGCGCUGAACGCCACGGACGCCCGUCUGCCCACCGGCACGGCAUACAUCGCUGCCUUCUACGCCUUCUCCGCUGCCCACCCACUCGGCCUCUCCAGUCGAGUGGUAGGGCCGCCAGUGGUGGUGAGGGCAGUCGACGCAUCUCUCUCAGACCUCAAUGUAUCGGCACGAGUCACCAUGCUCUCUUCCCCACAGCCUGCCAUGGAGCUAGGAGUGGCACGGUGGGACGGCACGGCCUGGUCCUCCACCGCCCUCCACCAGCUCCCCACCGCAUCCGACCCCUCAGGCCUGCUCACAAUCAACGCCUCCGACCCAGCUGCCGCCCUCGCCCUCGCAGCAGCAUCCAUAGCCGGCCCCCUGCCCGCCGCCUUUGCUCCCUACAUUCUCCACGUCGACCUGCCACCGCUUCCCCUGCCGCCCAUCCCGCCGCCGCCCCCGAUGCAGAGUGGUAUGAGCGCUCUUACGGUGGCUCUGGCGGUUUCGCUGCCCAUAGCUGGAAUGAUUGCGUGCAUGGCGCUUGGAUUGGAGCUGAACAGGCGCAGGAAGCCGGUUGCUGAUGGAACCGAGACAGGCUCGUUUGAUGAGAAUGAAUAG